AUGAGUCAACGUAACCAGCAAAAUAAUGCCCAAGCGAUUAGCAACUUAGAGACUCAAAUAAGUCAACUUUCAAACCUGUUAAAUGAUAGGGAGAACGGGACAUUUCCUAGCCAAACGACUCCAAAUCCAAAAGGAGUUAACCAGGUUAAUGGGUUGGGUAGUUCUAACCACAAUGAACAUAUCAAAGCAGUUAUCACCCUUAGGAGUGGUAAAACUCUAGAGAACUCGGUAGAACCACCUAAGGACAAAAGUCCAGAUGAAAAAGAGAAUGAGGUUGACCAAACUUCGUCUAAAGACCUUAAUGGGCCUGAGAGUGCUAAGAGUCCAAGUGGGGAAGAUAUCCCUGAGAGAAUGUACAUACCACCCGCACCAUUUCCUCAGAGACUCGCUAAGAAAAAGCCUAGUACAUAUGCUGAAAUCCUUAAGCAAGUUAAGAUCAACCUGCCUUUAUUAGAUGCAAUUAAACAUGUACCCGUUAUGGCCAAGUUCCUAAAAGAAAUGUGCACUGUCAAGAGAGACGCGAGUGUCCAUAAAGCAUUUUUGACCCAACAAGUUAGUUCCAUAAUCUCACAAAAGUACCCGGUUAAAUUUAAAGAUCCUGGUUGUCCUACAGUGACAUGUGUUAUAGGUAGCCAAAAGAUAGAAAAUGCUUUGUUAGAUCUUGGGGGUAGUGUGAAUCUUUUGUCGUUCUCGGUAUAUGAACAACUUGGACUAGGGGAGAUGAAACCAACUAGGAUAACACUACAGUUAGCCGAUAGGUCAGUCAAAAUCCCACGUGGAAUUAUUGAAGACGUUUUGGUUCAGGCAUUACAAGCCCCACCGGACCCUGAACACUAUGAGUCUAUAUGCAUGAUUGAUUCUCUAGUUGAGAAUACCUUUACCACUAAUAGUGUUAGUGAUACUUUAGAGGCGUGCUUGGCCCACUUUGGAGCCUACUAUGAUGAGGAUAGUCAUUUUAAAGAAGUUAAUGCAUUGUUAGACUCUGCGCCAGUAAUGAAUUAUGGAAAAUGGCAGCACUACAAACUCAGUGAGUUAGAAGAAAUUCGUAAUGAUGCUUACCAGAGUGCGAAAAUUUACAAGGAGCAAACUAAGAUAUUUCAUGAUAAAUCGAUUCUUCGAAAGACAUUUGAACCAGUUGAAGUUGAAAAUCCUAAGAACGGAGAAACUUUCAAGGUUAACGGUCAACGGUUGAAACCAUUCUUGGAGUUACCCAGUCAUGCAAUAGAAGAACCAGAGCUGAGAGAUCCUGUCUACCAGGAUUAA